CAACCCAACACGUUUAACGGUGCAAGAGUAGUGGAACAGGGCCAUACCCCGAUUGGCUGGUUGGUAUCUCAAUUCAAUCCCAGCCCAGGUCUCCAUCCCCACCCUACAUCACUGCCUUGAUCUCUUCAAUGCAUUAAUAUUUUUAUUUAUAUAUAUUUAUAUAUAUAUAUAGCAGAGAACAGAGCGAGUUGGAUUGGAGAUAAGGAAAAUAGCAGAAAAGAGAAGCCGCCGACUCUGGUACUGGCUUUUGUGGUGGUGGGUCCUGGUUUCCGAUGACAGAUCCCAUAAUCCUAUAUAUAUAAAUGUAUCUAUCAGCUCUUGCCUUGGAACCCUUGGUUCAAUUUCUCGCAUCGUCUUUAGCCUCUCUUUUCUUACCCUUUUUGCCUCCAUUUUCUGACCAUUCAAAUUAUUGAUUUUUAAUAUCAUUUUCCUAAUUAUUUUGGCUGGGUUUCAAUUUAGUUUGAUAAAGUUUUCUUUUUUUCUUUUGGGUCAAUCUUUGAUACUUCCGGUUCUUACUUCUCUUAUGCUCUGUCUUCAUUACUACCCUGGUGUUUAUUUUUUUCUUCUCAGAGAUUUGAUUUUGUUAUUCGAUCUGUUCUCUUCUGGGUUCUAACCAAGCUCUUGCUCUUCGAGUGGGAUUCAAUUCAUUCCUGGGUUUAAUUCGUUGUUCUUUCAAAUGGGUGCUUUGGAUGAGGGACAUUUCCAUGAGGAGCUUGAGAAAGGAGUUCCAUUAAGUUGCCAUGAGAUGGGUUUUGAAGGAGAACCAGAGACUAUGGCUAUCGAAGAUGCCGUCAAAGUUCUGCUUCAAGGUCUUAACGAAGAUGUUAACAGAGAAGGUCUCAGAAAGACUCCACUUCGGGUCGCCAAGGCUCUUCGAGAGGGAACUAAAGGUUACAGACUUAAGACUAAAGAUAUAGUGCAAGGUGCUUUAUUUCCUGAAGUUGGUGUGGACAAUGCUGUUGGGCAAGCUGGAGGUGUUGGUGGGCUUGUGGUUGUUCGAGAUCUUGAUCUGUUUUCGUAUUGUGAAUCAUGCUUGCUUCCUUUCCAGGUCAAGUGUCAUGUGGGUUAUGUCCCAUCUGGUAGACGAGUUGUUGGGUUAAGCAAGCUUUCUAGGGUUGCUGAUGUUUUUGCAAAACGUCUUCAAGAUCCAAAGCGUCUAGCAAAUGAAGUCUGUUUGGCUCUGCAUCGUAGCAUCAAGCCAGCAGGUGUGGCUGUUAUGCUCCAGUGUUUACACAUUCAUUUCCCGAAUCUAGAAUCUGUCUUUCUCGACUCAAAUCACAAAGGGUGGGUGGAGUUGCCAGUCCGCUCAGGGUCAGGAGUUUUUGAAGACGAAAGUGCAGAAGCUUGGGGUGAUUUUUUCAGCCUUCUGAAAUUCAGAGGAAUAAGUGUUGAUGAAACAUCCAUGAGGCGCUCUAGUGUUGAAUCUUGGUGCCCGUCUCAGUCUGCUACUUCCAAGUUAGAGCCAGUCAAUCAGGCAAUGGUCACUGCUGUAGCCUCGAUUCUUAGGUCAUUAGGUGAAGAUCCUUCAAGGAAGGAACUUUUAGGAACUCCUGCUCGUUUUGUGAAAUGGUUAAUGAACUUUCAGAACACUAAGUUGGAGAUGAAGCUAAAUAGCUUGGUUUUCGGUAAGACAGAUUGUCCAAAUCCUAAUGGAAAAGUCGGCUGCAAGGAGGAGAAACAAAUGCAGUCUGAACUGAACUUGCCAUUUUGGUCUCAAUGCGAGCAUCACUUGCUUCCCUUUCAUGGUGUUGUGCAUAUCGGAUACAUGUGUUCUGAAGGUCUCAAUCCCGUCGGGAAAUCCCUUUUACAGUCAGUAGUUCAUUUUUACGGUUUCAAGCUGCAAGUACAAGAAAGGCUCACUCGACAGAUAGCAGAGACAGUGUCCUCGUUUUUAGGAGGCGAUGUGAUUGUCGUUGUGGAGGCUAACCACACUUGUAUGAUAUCAAGAGGGAUUGAGAAGUUUGGAAGUAGUACAGCUACAAUCGCUGUGCUGGGUCAAUACUCCACCGACUCUGCUGCAAGGGCUCUGUUCUUGCAGGGCAUACCUAAAGCUACCGUUCAUCAAGGAUAAUGACUCUCCUUUGCUCUUAGCAAUCUACUUUCUAUACGAUUCUUGGUCUUCACACAGACCUUUCUAAAGAUUAGAUGGAGACCAGUCGGUUCUCCCAUCGGAAUGCUGAAGAUCUGAUAUUUUAGUUCUCCUUCAUUCCUGAAAUCUAUAUUUUUGCUGCUAUUGCUAAAUUUUUGCCUUGCUUCGAAGAAUACUUUGUCAAACAAAUACAAUUUCACACCAAUUUAUAGUGUAAUAAUAUAUUUUUUUUUGGAUAAAUAGAUUUUUCUUCUUCCUAAACAAAAAUUGUAACGGUUGACUGACAUGGUAGUUAAAGCAUAGCUUUUUCCUAUCGAAUUAUGACAGUUGACUCUUGUUCUUGAUGGAUUAAUAUAUCAGCAGCUGUGUUACAUGUUUCAA